CCUCUCUCAUAUCUGUUGAAAACUGAAUCUGCACUGGUCACCGCACCUCAAACUUCAGGUCUAUCUCUGUUUCUUUGAGUCUUUUGAGCCAGAGAUGAGAGACGGGGGAUAAAAGUGAACUCUGUGACCGGACUGUGAAUUCUCUUGGAUGGUGAAAUGAUUCAUGAUAUCAUACAGACUUUUCUCAUUUAUAGGAAUGUGACUAUAACCGGCACCUCCAGAAUGUUAUAGAUUUUUUUUAGCAAAUAUUUGUGAGCCUAGCUAUUAGGCUACAUCAUAAACCCUAUAUUUCAACUAGCCUACCGCAAUUGUUUUUACUGAAAAUGAGCACUGAAUUGAGAUUCUGCCCCCUCACGCAUUGUUUUAGUAAUCCUUACGGCAUUUGAGAUUUGAGUAGAAAUACCAAAAAUUAAAGUAGCUGCUACACAUGCAACCAUAUUUACACAGAGCGAGAAAAUUUGAACUUUUUCGUACGCCUUCAAUCCCACAAUCCACAGCGCACUCUUUUUUUAGUAGAAUGAAUUGAAAACGCUCGCGCAGCUUCGCUCAAAACGUAGGCUACGAUAACCGUAGUGGCAAUCUACGAAAAGGUUUUCUGUUGUGUCAGGUUUCGAGAGAAUUGAUACGACGCAGAAUCUCGAGUGAAAGUUAUAGUAACGAUAAAACGCUUCAUUCAGAUCAAAUAGCUCUUUUGGGGGGGCGUAACAGACAGAAGUGUAUCGCGAUUCACAUAUUAAUGUACGUUUGUCGAUUCGAUAAUGCGAUCGCGAUUUCUGAACACGUUACUAUGUAAAAGUCGAGUGCUCAAAAACGCAAAUGCUCGCGGGGGGAAACAAACGCGACGCGAUCAUGUGACUGGUGUGUAACGUUACGUUCGACGUCAGAUGCGUCCUCACUAUCAACGACAAAGCACGCGACCUAUUUACACCAAUGUUUAUGCAAAACUGCAACAACACGGAUGUUUUUUCGAAAAGCUAGUUCCAGAUGAUCUAUCCGUCCACCUACUUGAUGAAAUUCAGCCGUAUACUUAAAUAUAUUACUAGUUUAUAGUAAAUUGUUGUUACUUUUUGAACCAUACCAUAGUAAAAACUUACAUUUACUGUUUAAAUGUAAACAUUUGAUUAAUUCACUGUAGUUUUUACAGCAGUGUAGUGUACAUUAACAAAGUAGGCUACUCUAAUACUACAGUGUGCCAUAGAUACUAAAGUAUAAUAGUAUUUGUUCAUGUGUGCUUCUGUCUAUCAUCCAUCUGUUAGGAAGUAAUACAGUCUUGGUCGUUUCUCUGAUUGAAAACAGUGACAGCAGCACAUCCUCUCCACAGCAUCAGCAACUUUUACACUCACAUACACACACAAAGCAGGAGAGAGAGAGAGAGAGAGAGAGAGGAGGGGUGAGCGAGUGAAGGAGAAGACACACUGCGGAGUUCAGCAGAGGAGAGAUGAAGACCACAAAGCACAGAGCUGUAAACACACACACACUGAGACACUGAAGCAUCAGCAUCAGCAUCAGCAUCAGCAUCAGCAUCAGCAGCUCUUCCGUGGACUUUAACAGCACAUCUGUGAUUAUUCUGGGCUGGAGCUCUUCUGUGUGUCCUAACAUGCUGCGAGGUGAAAGUGAUGCGCUGCUCGUUGCUUUGGUGCUCUGGAUGGGAACACUUUGGGGACAGAUCGCAAGCCAAGAUGAAACCAGUCUGACGCCGCCUCCAGCCAGUAUUUUUCCAGCGAUGCAGGUUCCAGCCCCAAAAGAAAGACCCAGAGGAUCCAUCCUAGAGUCAGUCCUGUCUCAUAAAGAUCAUCUGCUGGCUCAGACGGGUGUCACUCUUCCCUCUGAUCUGAGGCCUGUGUUCAGAGCCGGAGAGCUGAGGAAAGUUUUCCCUUCACACAGCGACACUGUUCACCCCAUCCUACCUCCAGCCGAUGACCUCCCCACUGAACCCCCGGAGGCCAUCGCAACACCCAUGUGGAAUGUUUCCCCAUCCGUCCGCCCUGACGCUGAGCCGUCCGUCACCACUGCUGUCCCGACCACUGUGAAUUCAGAGACGACGUCUGGCGUGCUCAGCCCAGAGUUAACUCACUGCAGGGUGAAUUUCAGUGAGCCGGAGGGCUACAUUGAUUCUUCAGAUGACCCGCCGCUUCCCGAGGCGGCCUUCCUUCAGUGCACGUACACGGUGACUGUAUACACGGGGUACGGCGUUGAGCUGCAGGUCAAAAGUGUCAACCUGUCAGAGGGAGAGCAGCUGUCAAUCAGAGGGAUUGAUGAAGGCGGAGCCCUGCUCGUACUUGCCAAUCAGACACUUCUGGUGGAAGGUCAGGUGAUCCGCAGUCCAACCAAUACCAUCUCUGUGUUUUACCACUCUUCUCCAGAGGGAACCGUUGGCAUGUUCCAGCUGCAUUACCAAAUUUUUCGUCUGAGUUGUGCUCUACCCAGACGGCCUCAUUUUGGAGAAGUGUCAGUAAAAGAUCUCCAUCCCGGAGGCACGGCUCAUUUCACGUGUCACAUGGGAUAUCACCUGCAGGGAGACGCCACGCUCACCUGUCUCAACGCCUCACUUCCUGUCUGGAGUCAACACGAACCCAGCUGCAGAGCUCUAUGUGGAGGAGUUGUUAAAAACGCCACAGUGGGUCGAGUUCUGUCCCCGUCACCUCAUCCGGGCUCCAACGGCACUCUGGAUCGCAGCUGCUCGUGGUCCCUGGAGGCUCCGAACGGUCAGCGGCUUCACCUCCAUCUGGAGAGAAUGUUGUUAGGUCCGACGGACAGGCUGGUGUUGUGGAGCGGUCUGGAUGCAGGUUCAGUGGUCCUGUUCGAUUCCGGCCGCGGCGGCCCCAUUCCGUUUGAGGGAGUGAUCAGCGAGGGACCUGCCGUGCGGGUUCAGUUCAUAACGGACCGACCCAACAACCACAACACUGGAUUUAACAUCCGUUUCGAGGCGUUCGAGAAAGGCCACUGUUACGAGCCGUACAUCCAGAACGGGAAUCUUAGCAGCACGGACCCGACGUACGGCGUCGGGACGGUCGUGGAGUUCACGUGUGACCCCGGACACUCGCUGGAGCAGGGACCACCUGUCAUCGAAUGCAUCAACACACGAGACCCCUACUGGAACGACACAGAGCCGCUCUGUAAAGCUCUCUGUGGCGGUGACCUGUCAGGUCCCAGCGGCGUCAUCCUGUCGCCCAACUGGCCCGAGUGGUACGGCGAGGGUGAGGACUGCAGCUGGAGGAUUCACGUCGGUGAAGAUAAACGCGUCCUGCUCGAUGUGCAGCUAUUGAACCUGAGUGACAGCGAUAUGUUGACCAUUUUGGAUGGUGAUGAAGUCACGACACGUAUUCUUGGACAGUUUGUAGGAGGCACCAGCCCGUUUAAGAUGUCGUCCUCGACCCCUGACCUCACCGUCAUGUUCCACUCAGAUCCAGCCGGGCUGGUGUUCGGGAAGGGUGAGGGCUUCAUCAUCAACUACAUGGAGGUGUCACGCAAUGACUCGUGUCCGGACCUGCCCGAGAUCCAGAACGGCUGGAAGACCACGUCUCACGCGGCUCUGGUUCGAGGAGCCCACAUCACGUACCAGUGUGACCCUGGUUAUGACCUGGUGGGCAGUGAGACGCUGACCUGUCAGGUGGACCUCAGCUGGAACACUCAACCUCCCUUCUGUGAGAAGAUAAUGUACUGCACAGACCCGGGGCACGUCGAACACUCCACACGCACGCUGUCUGAUCCUAAACUGCUGGUUGGCACCACCAUCCAAUAUAGCUGCAUUCCCGGAUUCAUCCUGCAGGGCGGCGCCACACUCACCUGCUACGGCCGUGAGCCUGGAACACCCGUGUGGACGUCGAGAUUACCUCAUUGUGUUUCGCAAGAAUCUGUGUCCUGUGAGAAUCCGGGACUCCCAGACAACGGCUACCAGAUUCUGUCGAAGAGACUUUAUCUGCCGGGAGAGUCUCUGACCUUCGUGUGUUAUCAAGGAUAUGAGCUGAUUGGUGAGAUGGCCAUCAAGUGCAUUCUGGGAAACCCUUCUUUCUGGAGUGGACCGUUGCCGCUGUGUAGAGCCACUCAUGAAUGUUCUGGCAAUCAUGCAUUAGAGGUGGCUGAGGCUGCGUCAGACUCAUCUUUUGAUGGAGGGAGUAUGGCUCUGGUCAUCUUUAUACUGGUGCUGCUGGUGUCUGUUUUAGUGGGAGGGGCUUACGUCUAUGUCACAAGGUGUCGUUAUCAUUCGAACCUAAGACUGCCUCUCAUGUACCCUCAUCCCUACAGCCAGAUCACCGUGGAAACAGAGUUCGACAAUCCUCUCUAUGAGACAGGGGGGGACACAAGAGAAUACGAGGUGUCCAUAUGAAGAGGCCCAUGAAUGCAUUCUGUGUUGCUCCAGUGCUUUAAGGAAGUGAUGUAAAUAGCUCCUGACAAUUUCCUCUUUCCCCCCCUCCUCAACCUCCAGAGGAACGUACAUCGGCCGAGAGAGAGAGAGAGAGAGAGAGAGAGAGAGAGGGUUGUGUCGGAAGGGGGUUGUGAAACGGGAAGUUUCAGUUGUGAAUCUGGUUGGCCAGCAGAAGUUACUGUGUUUUUUUCGGCACGUACGCACUCGCAGCAGGAGGUUUUCAUUGUGACAUUCGAACAUGUGAUGUGUACGUGAGCGCUUAUGUGUGAUACGAGUUGAAAAACAAGAUGACAUGAAGGAAAGUCACCCGGAGGGUGGCGGCGCUCUCUGUGUGUUUCUGUGGCCGUCCUGCCUGCUGUCAUUUUUAAGUCUUUGUACUUAGAGCCGUUUGUAGUGCAGGUUUUAAAGUAGUAUUUUUUUUCCCUGCAAGUGAUGUCGUAUGACAGCGGAGAGAAAAGAUGUAUUUAUUUUCAAGUAUACGUGAAAUGUUUCUCCGCUGAUCAGUGAAUACUUCAUUUUGGAGACGAAGAAAAAAAUGUGACAGAUUUCUGUAAAGAAAUGUUUGAAAACUGAAUAAAUACAUUUAAAUCUUUUAUAA